AAAAGGAAGUAGAAGUUGGAAGAAGGAAGGGGUGCGAGAAGUCAGCAGGUGGAAAUGUGGAGUUGUGGUGAGCAGAGGGGAGGAGCAUACGGAAGCUGGCAGGGCAGCUAGCGCGAAUCGCCAGGGAUGCAGUUAGAAGGUGGAGUGUAGAAGGAGGGGAGGUACGAGGAGGGAUAUGCAAACCGUGGUUUCCCGACUCUGGCAGACUCCGUCUGUCGCCAUGUUCAGGUCGGGAGCUUUGCGGAAUCUCAACAAUGCUCGAACUAUUUCGAAUUGCCUCAUAAGAACACAUUGUCUCUCGAAGUCAGAUUUCACAGUUUCGGCUGUUGUUCUUCGCGAGAGGAGAUCGGACCAGGAUAGAUAUUCGAAGUACUCGAGACCGUCACCUCUUCACGUUGACCCUCUAGAUAAAUCGCAACAGCGGAAGAAGUUCGCAUUUCCGGAGCAGACUCCCAGGCUUGAGAUCACUGCUGGAGGUGGUCCUCGCCCAAGAGCACCGCGACAAUGGAAGACCAAGACCAGACGAGGCUCUAUUGCUAAGUCUGUGAAGCUCAUUGACAUUGUGCACAAUCUGUCCAACGUGAAGGAGGAAAUUUAUAAUACACUUGACGCCUGGAUCGCCUGGGAUUUAGAGUUCCCUCUGAUCGCUGUCAAGAAAGCGAUAAAAGAUUUAAGUGCCAACGGAGAGUGGAGGCGCGUUAUACAGCUUACGAAAUGGAUGUUAGACAAAGGUCAAGGGAAAACUUUGGCAACGUAUCUUACGCUUUUAGAAGCUCUCGAUCAUGAGGGAAGAGUCGACGAAGCAGAGGUUUUAUGGGAGAAGGUCUUCCAGGAGAACAUGGAGUGUAUCCCACGAACAAUGUUCUCGCGUAUGAUCAGCAUGUACCAACGUUAUGGAAAGCCGAAGCAACUGUUGAAGGUCUUUGCGGACAUGGAAGAGUUGGGUGUAAAGCCUGAUUUCGGUACCGUGAAGAGGGUAUCGAAGAUAUAUGCCGACUUCGGAUACCCCGAGUACGCUCAGUCACUGUGGAAAAAGUACCCCUUCGACUCUGAGGGCAAAUUUGUCAGAAAGGAGCGUCCUUCGCGAGGUCCUGGACGAGAAGAAAUAAUCAAAACUCCAUCGAGGCAAGGAACGAAGAAGUCAGAUGGUAUCAAAGUCGGGGAUAAUGUUGCAUGACCACCUAUGAAGCGAACGUUGAAAUGAGCGAGAUGAUGCUCAAGUGUGGUGAAUGAAGCAGUAGCAACUGAUAUAUACAUCAGUUGAUCAAGAUCUAACUAUCUCUCAGCUUCUAGCUGAGAAGGAUUACAGUUCCACCAUUCAUCAGAUGCUUCACAGUCUAGUUUACCGGGCAGUACAGAGCUUUUGAUUUUCGGGAUUCAAAACACCUGUUGCCCAUUGCCCUUGUAACGAAGCUACAUGUACAUAACUUGAGAGAAUUUUAUUAAGGUUACACGCCGGAUGUAAAUGAUAUGAGUAAUGAGUGAUAUUGAUUUCAUGGAAAACCUUUGCCUCAUCAGUACUUAAAAAUGGUGCUGCUCGGAGAAAUAAAUACUCCAAGUCAAGCACAAUCCCUCCUACCUCGGAAUCAACCGCACG